CCAGUGGGGGCCACCGCACUUACCAUGGAGUCCAUGUUUGAAGAUGACAUCAGCAUCCUGACCCAGGAGGCCCUAGGGCCCAGUGAGGUGUGGCUGGAUGGUCCUGGAGACCCCUCACUGGGAGGUGACAUGUGCUCCGCCUCCCACUUUGCCCUCAUCACCGCCUAUGGAGACAUCAAGGAACGGCUGGGAGGCCUGGAGAGGGAGAACGCCACACUCCGCCGUCGCCUCAAAGUCUAUGAGAUCAAGUACCCGUUGAUCAGUGACUUUGGAGAAGAGCAUGGCUUCUCUCUGUAUGAAAUAAAGGAUGGCUCCUUGCUGGAGGUGGAGAAGGUUAGUCUGCAGCAACGGCUCAACCAGUUCCAACAUGAGUUGCAGAAGAAUAAGGAGCAGGAAGAACAGCUCGGGGAGAUGAUCCAGGCUUACGAGAAACUGUGUGUGGAGAAGAGCGACUUAGAGACGGAGCUGGGGGAGAUGCGGGCCCUAGUGGAGACACACCUGCGACAGAUCUGUGGUUUGGAGCAACAGUUGCGGCAGCAACAAGACCUCCGGGACGCGUCCUUUUCCAGCCUGAGCCCCCCACCCGCCCCUGCACCCCCCUGUGCUGACCUGGACCUACACUACCUGGCAUUGAGAGGAGGACCUGCCUUGAGUCAUGCAGGCUGGCCUGGCCCCACACCGAGUGUGAGUGAGCUGGAGCGGAGGCAGCUGGAAGAGGCCCUGGAGGCUGCACAGGGGGAAGCCCGGGGGGCCCAGCUUCGCGAGGAGCAGCUCCAGGCAGAAUGUGAGCGGCUGCAGGGGGAGCUGAAGCAGCUGCAGGAGACUCGGGCCCAGGACCUGGCCUCCAACCAGUCGGAGAGGGACAUGGCAUGGGUGAAGAGAGUGGGAGAUGAUCAAGUGAAUUUGGCCCUGGCCUACACUGAGCUGACGGAGGAGCUGGGCCGGCUCCGGGAGUUGAGCUCCCUGCAAGGGAGGAUCUUGAGGACCUUGUUGCAGGAGCAGGCCCGGAGUGGAGGUCAGAGACACUCGCCGCUAUCGCAGCGCCACUCCCCGUCCCCCCAGUGCCCCUCGCCCUCCCCGCCCGCCCGGGUGGCACCCCCUUGCGCCCCGUGCCCCGGGCAGCUGAGCAGUGACUCCUGUAGCAGUGACUCUCAUACAUUUCCUGGGGACCUGUGCUGCGGGCAGCUGCUGAUGGAGACCGUGGGCUCUGACAUCCGAAGUUGCCCCCUCUGCCAGCUGGGUUUCCCUGUCGGGUACCCAGAUGAUGCCCUCAUCAAACACAUUGACUCCCACCUGGAGAACAGCAAGAUUUAGGGCACCUCCCCCUAUCUGGCUGUUUCUCUGUCCUCUCUCAUCACCCCCAAAACUCACUGAAUGCUGCAUGAAUCUCGUGGGGGGCCCCUGCCCCUUACGGUCCCCAGAUACCUCCACUAGCUACUGAGUCAAUGUGAGUGCCAUCUUCCCUGGCCCAGGCACCACUCAGCUCUGGCUUUUCCCAGGAGGUCAGACAAGACUUCCCCCAUCCGCCCAGUUUCCACUGGGGAGAUGGGGGAAUUCUCUGAGGGAGAUGGGGAGGGGCAUACCCCCAGGCCUCUCCCUCUGUCCUUCUCAAACAGGAUCAGAUCCUAGGAGGUAUCUAGUGCUGGGGCCUGGGGGAAGGGGAAGGUUUCAGAUAACUCCUGGAGCUCCUGAGGCCCUCCCUCAAAUGCCCUUCUGUGACCCAGGCUGUGCUCUUCCAGGGAGCACCUCCCAGUGGGGGCCAGCACCUGCCCUGCACAGAGAUGCAGAUCCUGUCUCCCAUGGCCGGCCUUGCGGGAAGGAGGCAUCCUAUGUCUUGCCAGUCCCUGGAGGCCAGCCCUGUUCUCCCCCUCUACCCGCCCUGAGGAACAGGGAGAGAGGAAGAGGAGAGGGAGGACCAUCCCAAAGAGGCUGUCCUGGGGCUGGAGGCCCUGUGCCAUUGCCCUCAGGCUGCAGGGCUGUCUGCCAGCCUCCCAGGCCCCCCCUCCUGGCACCCCUGGCACUGAGGCACAGAUCAUCAAGCAGAUGUCCCCCCCCCCACACUGGAGCCCUGACACCGGUGCCCUGGAGCCUCUGUAUGACUCAGCCUCUUAUUUUCUGGGUGGGUGUCAUCAGCCCCUGCCUCAGAGGCCAGAACCUGAGAAAUGGGCCCAGGGUGCUGUGGAGAUCAACUUCAAAAGAGCUAGCCCCUUUCCUCAUACCCACAUUCUCCCUGUGAAAUCUACCUCAGAGUCGUCCCCUCAGAAGGACAGGUGAGCAGAGGUUGUGGGGGCCCCCGGCUGAGGUGGGGAGCCUCCUGCGCAGGAGCCUGCUGCCCACAAUGAAUCCACCCUCCACUACAAGCCUCCUCCAGGCCUCAGCCCCAGGCCAGUGGCAGUAACCACGACUGUCAGCGCAUGUGCCGUUCUGAUCCAGAUCUCUUCCAGGCCCCUUCCCCGUGCCCCUCUCACCCUCAGUGCUGGGGUGUGUGUGUCAAGGGGUGAGUCGGGCAGGGAAGGGACCAAGGACUCCAGAGACACAUGUCAUUGUACCCUGAGUGUUCCCCAGAGAGGGGACACGGGGAAGGGGGGGCCUGGAAAGGGGAGAGGGGACCCUGUGCUCUCGGAAAGUUGAA